UUUGACCCGUUCAUUUUGAUCCGUUCGUUCGCGUACAACACAUCUCUAUAACUAUGGACGAUAAAACGUCCCUGAAGGAACUAGACCAAUGGAUUGAGCAGCUAAACGAGUGCAAACAGUUGACCGAAAGCCAAGUGAAGUUCCUGUGCGACAAGGCAAAAGAAAUUUUGACUAAAGAGUCUAAUGUACAAGAAGUAAAAUGUCCAGUGACAGUAUGCGGGGAUGUUCAUGGACAGUUCCACGAUCUAAUGGAACUGUUUCGAAUAGGUGGAAAGUCCCCAGAUACAAAUUACCUGUUCAUGGGAGAUUAUGUUGAUCGUGGUUACUAUUCUGUUGAAACUGUUACAUUAUUGGUUGCAUUAAAGGUACGAUACCGUGAAAGAAUAACAAUUCUUAGAGGUAAUCAUGAAAGUCGACAGAUUACACAAGUGUAUGGCUUCUAUGACGAAUGCUUACGAAAGUAUGGUAAUGCGAACGUAUGGAAGUUUUUUACUGACCUGUUUGACUAUCUCCCAUUGACUGCACUUGUUGACGAACAGAUUUUCUGUCUUCAUGGUGGGCUGUCUCCAUCCAUUGACACACUAGAUCAUAUUAGAGCAUUAGAUCGUAUGCAAGAAGUUCCACAUGAAGGUCCUAUGUGUGAUCUAUUAUGGUCAGACCCUGAUGAUCGUAUUGGUUGGGGUAUAUCACCUAGAGGGGCCGGUUAUACAUUCGGUCAAGAUAUUUCAGAAACAUUCAAUCAUUCGAAUGGUCUGACACUUGUUUCCAGAGCUCAUCAACUUGUGAUGGAAGGUUAUAAUUGGUGUCAUGAUCGUAAUGUAGUGACAAUAUUUUCGGCCCCUAAUUAUUGUUAUCGAUGUGGUAACCAAGCAGCUAUUAUGGAACUAGACGACGGCUUAAAAUACUCAUUUUUGCAAUUCGAUCCAGCACCACGACGCGGCGAACCACAUGUCACCCGUAGGACACCAGAUUAUUUCUUAUAAGCUAACAACACCAACUGUGUCUGGUAUCACCUUCUUUACGAAUAUAUAUUCUGUGUCCAAUUAAGAACCAAUAACAUCCAGCACCACAAAACUGAUUCCAGAUCAAAAGCAUAUUGUUAUGGAAUUUAUAAGCUUAGCAAAGUUGUAUCAACUAUAUGGACUCUAACAUAGAAAGAAUUUCGCAAUAUUUUUUAUAAAAUAUGUUUAUUCUUAUGAUCGUAAUAUAAAUUACAAACCAUAUAUAACUUAA